AUGUCUUCGUCGUCGUCGUCGUCAUCGUCGUCGUCGUCGUCGUCGUCGUCGUCGUCGUCGUCAGAGGCAAAGGCUUCAAGCUCGACGGGUGCAUCGUCUGCAUCGUCUGCGUCGAUCGUUGUGGAUACCGAGCCGGUGAACAAGCCGGAAGUGGCGGCAUCAUCAUCGUCAUCGUCGUCGUCUGCGGUGUCGUCGUCGUCGUUGGCUAGCAGCUCGUCUUCGACCAGCACGUCUAGCUCGGACUCUGAGGCCAAUGCAGCAAGCAGCGAGAGAGUCCGGAGGCGUAUUGACCCAGACACUCGCGAGUACCUUGCGUACAUGGCCAAGGUCGCCCAGGACGGCUCGUUCUUUGAGAACAACCCCACCCAACGGAGGCUGAUGCUUGCUCAGGUGAUGCGGACGGUGCGGAAGAAUCCCAAGUCGAUCAUGUGUGACGCUCUUGCUUGUCGGGAUCUGGAGACCAUUCUGGGCGUGGCGCCGGCGUGGGUGGUAGUCUCGAUCAUGGCCUACAUUCGUGGACACACCGCGCCUCUGGUCAAGGAUCCACGUGCGUCGCACGUGCUCGAGUUUAUGAUGCGCAAGGUCCAUCCGUCGGGCGACGCGUUCGGUGCUUCCAUCCAGGACCUGUAUGCACAAUGGCAGUCAGAUGUCCGCGGCCCGCGCAAGCGCCGGUCGGGCUCUGGCUCUGGCUCUGGCUCUGGUUCUGGCUCUGGCUCUGGCUCUGGCUCGAGCACCGGCUCUGGCUCUGACUCUGGCUCGAGCUCGGAUCCUGAUCCUGGGACGGCGGCGCCUCUGAUGCGCGAGGAGAAGGCGUCGACGUCGAUGCUUGUGCUUGUGGCGGGGAUGGUGGACGAGUGGGCGGCGCGGAUGGGCGAGGUUGUGCGGGACGCGUCGGGUUCGCACGUGGUGCGCACGGUGGUGGAGCUGUGCUCGGCGGACGGGGCAUCGGACGAGGCGCGUAAGCUGGUGUCUAAGGUUGUCAAGGCGCUCACGCCUGACGACGCGCCGUUCCAGCUUGCCAACCUUGCCGUGGACACAUACGGCUCACCGAUGCUGCAGUACCUUGUGGAGGCGCAGUACAGCAAGUCCAAGAAGGAGGGCGACAAGAUUGUCAAGAAGAUUCUGCUGUACAAGGCAGGCGGAAUGGAUGCCGAGGCGGCGGCGGCGGCACGUGCCAAGCACGUGCCGGGGCUUGUGCAGCACCCUGUUGGCUCGCACUUGAUGCAGGCGGUGCUCAAGGCCGGCUCGCGCGAGAUCCGGGAGCUGCUCUGGGACGAUGCGCUGCAGUCGAUGCUCGCCGAGGCAGUGACGUCACCGACGGGCAACUUUGUGGUCCAGUCGCUGCUGGAGGCAGUCGGGCCGUCCGAGGGCGCCAUUAGCUCGGCGCUGGCGAGCAAGCUCGCACCGCAGGUCGUCUCACUGCUGGACACCCGCGGCGGCGUUGUGGUCGCCCUCCUUGACAUGAUUGCGCGGGUCGACGGCAGCGCCGGCGCCGUGAGCGACGGAAUCAAGACUGAGGUGCUCGAGGCCUUUGCUGCCUGGGGUGCACGGUUCAACGAGGGCGUGCCCGAGGCCGACCACGUGUCGUGGGUGGCGUGGCUGGCGGUGGACCAGGGCGUGACUCGUGAGGCGACGCUCGCCUCGCCGCGGGUGCACUAUCUCGGCUCGCGGAUGGUGCAGGCGCUGAUGCGGUGGCGUGGCAUCGGCGGCAAGGAUGCCGAGUGCCCGGUGGCAAACGACUUUCUCUCGCUCCCGACCUCGUUUGUGGUGGCGCUGGCGUGCUCGGCGGCCGGCUCGCACAUCGUGGACGCGUUCUGCACCUCGGAUGCCGUCCCGCGCCACCUCAAGGGCAAGCUCGCGCAAAAGUUCAAGGAAUCGUGGGUGACUCUGGCCCAGGACAAGUACGGCUCGCGCGUCCUCGACACCGUUUACAAGUCGGUCGGCAUGCGGGUCAAGGAGCUGAUGGCCCGCGGGCUCGCUGACCACGAGGUUUCCCUCUCGUCGUCGUACUUUGGCAAGUUCAUUUUGCGGACCGCCGCCAUCCGGCUGUUCAAGACCCGGCCUGAGGACUGGGCUGUCCAGCAGCGCGCACGCGAGGCCGCUGGUAGCAGCAAGGGCGCACGCGGCACCUCGUCGUACGUGCCCAAGCCGUAUGCCGCCGGCAGCGCCGAGCCGCGCAAGCGCAAGCGCAAGACCAACAACGGCGUCUCGCUUGAUGAGUAUCUCACCCGAAAGAAGCAGAAGCGCUCGAAGCGCAAGUAA